UCUCAAGGUCAAACAUUAGAUUUUGUUGGUAUUUAUUUACGUGAGCCUGUGUUCUCACAUGGACAGAUAUAUGUAGCAAUCUCAAGAGCUAAAAACAGUAAAGCUGUGAAAAUACUCAUAAGACUAUCAGUUUUUGAUACAAAUACAGAUGAUUUGACAGAAAAUGUUGUUUAUACAGAAAUCCUAGGAUUAGCAUUAGCAUGAUAUCUUAUAUGAGUAGCUGCUUUUCCAUACAGUCUGAUCAUCAAUGCAGAAAAUAUAGUAUUCAUGAUGCAUGCAAGUCUUUCAGUUAUUUCUUACACUGUGCAAUAUAUAUUUCAUAUCACUUUCACAGAUGGGAACAAACUUCACUGCAAUUAAUAAAAUACUUCCUGGCAUGAAAGACUGGACCUGUAAAGUUCAAGUCAUUCAGAAGCAAAGGAUUCAGGUGUCGAAAGCUGGCAACAGAUAUCAAAAGUUGCUCCUCAUGGAUGAUCAGGGAACAAAGCUUGAAGCUCUUAUCUAUAACUCAGACAUUGAGUUCUUUAGAGCUUUAUUUCAGUUAUAUAACAAAUACCUUGUCUCAAAUGCAAAAGUCAAGUUUGCCUCAGCAGACUACCGUUCAACUGAAAAGAAUGCAACUGGAUCAUCGACAAUUCAACAGUUGUUCAGCUUGUGAGCGAUACCGAUUCACCAAUGAUUACUCCACUGCUUAACUUCACUGAUUUCAAAAAGUUUCGUCAGUACAUAGGUGUCCAAUCUGAAAUAGACGUCCUAGCAGCUGCUAUUCAAGUGCAACCAAGAAAUAACAGAGGAACCACACCUCUGAGAAACAUAAUUGUGAUCGAUCAAGGCUGCAUACCAACGAUCCUAACUUUAUGGGGAGCUUACGAGCUAAAUGAAGGACAGGCUAUUGCAGAUAUCAUUGAUUCACAGCCAAUUAUUGCAGCAUUGAAAGUUAAGGUUUCCUCUUAUCAUACUGUGAACCUCAGCACAAAGCCAGGAAGUGCGAUUCUCAUUAAUCCUCCAAUUGAACAAGCAGCAACAAUAAAGUCAUGGAUUCAAGACAACCGUGCAAAAAUUGAACAGAUGUUGCUUGAAAAAGCUUAUGAGAAUCGUGCCGUCCUCUUGCCAAUGCCACCUAUUGAAGAGCUCACAUCAAUAAGAGACUUCUUGAACUUGCCCCUGCAAAAAUCCUGUUGGUUACAAGGCACACCAACUCUGCUAGAUAAAAGUCAAAAGCUCUGGUAUAAUGCAUGUCCUGGAUGCGGUAAAUCUCUUCGGAUGUCUCCACAGCACUUAAUUAUUUGCACUUCAUGCCAGAGACAGAUUAGAGUCGAGCCAAGGUGUAGAUUAACUGUUAACCUUGCUAACUACUCUGGCUCAAUGACAUUGGAUCUAUAUGGACCAGAUGCUGAGCAACUACUGCCAUUCACUAUAGCAGAAAUUCAAGACCAAGAGGAACAAGGUUCCCUUGACUAUAAAGCAAUAGAGGAAAGCAUUAACAGCUCCAUGAUUGUUUGCUUCGUCAAAAAGACCGAAAAAUCAUUUGCAUCAUCCUCCACUGUAAAGUAUACAGCCAUUAUAGCGCACAAGCUGAAGUUGGGAGAAUUUGAAGCCAGAGGACUGCCACCAAUAUAUACUGAUGCAGAGAGUUCAACAGCAGCAGAAACAGCAGCAAUGCAUGCUAAAUCGACAACAGCACCAUCUGGAGAUGAUGACAACAAACUUGAGGCAGAACGCCUCGCUACACUGAAAAUAACAGAAAGCCCUACCAAGAAACAAAAGACCACUGCUGAAAAAGUGAAGGAAAAAGACGCCAUGGCCUAACAGAAUUAAUAGCCACUAAUUCCUUCACCAUUUUUCCAGCCAGCACACUUUUGCAGAUUCAAUGGAUCUGAACUCCGGCUCUUAAGCCAUAGUUUUUGCAAUGUAUAUUUUGCAGAUUCAGUGAUGUCCACUGAAGUUCUUAACUGCCAACUUUUGACAUCCGCCAACAAUAGAUAUAAAAUACUUUUGCUAUCAUGACAAUGUCAUCCUAUUAACCAACACUCAAAUGUUGUUACCUUCCCCAAUUCACUCAUCUCUUCUAGCAACAUGAAUUUCCUCAUUCUUACUAAAUGUUUCCUGAUUCUUAUUAAAUGUAAUCCAAAACUUUCCGCCUCAAUUUCUUAACAAAAUCAACCUUUACAUGUAUACACAGGCACCAUCGUCCGCGCGAAAACAGAAAUUGACUCCAUUUGCUAGCAAAUCUACUCUACAUAAACAGAAAUGGACUGACGAUGAC